AUGACUCAGGCCGAGAUCAAGCUGUGCUCCCUGCUGCUGCGUGAGCACUUUGGGGACAUCGUGGAGAAGAUGGGGACAUACCUGAUCCGGACGGGCACGCAGCCACUGCGGGUGAUCGCCCACGAGACGGGGCUGCUGCUGGAUCAGGUUAAAAAAGCCCUUUGUGUCCUCAUCCAACACAACCUGGUGACGUACCAGCUGCAGAAACGAGGCUUGGUGGAGUACCAGGCUCACUGCAAGCGGGUGCUGAGGAUCCUCCGGUACCCCCGGUACAUCUACACCGCCAAGACCCUCUACGGCGACACGGGGGAGCUGAUCGUGGAGGAGCUGCUGCUCAACGGGCAGAUGACGAUGAGCGCGGUGGUGACCAAGGUGGCAGACAGGCUGACAGAAACCAUGGAAG